UGUCCAUAUAUACGGUUGUAAACCAAAUGUAACCUUCAAUUCUUUAAGAGAAACGCAGAACAUGGUAAGAUUUCAACAUUUUUAUCAUUAAAAUAUCAUUGAAUGUUAUUGUUGAUAUCACAGAUGAACUGAAGCAAAAUAAUCCUUAAUAAGCGAUAACAUAAUUACGUAACUGUAUACAUUAAAUGUUUUCUUAUUAUGGAUUAAAAGAGGAAUGACUGACUACCUAAAGACAUUACAGUUAAGAUGAAACAUCCAAUUUUUAUAACAUGAAUGAAUUGUCCAAUAUCUACACAAUAACAACUGUUUAUUAAUGUAUAUCAUUACAGAUAGAGCCAUCCCUGAAUAAUAUUUCCAGUGUUUUUGAAUUUAGACUCUCUGGACUGAAUGAAACAAUGGAAAACAGAUAUGUGUUUUUCUCUUUGACUGCACUGUAUUAUCCCAUAAUGAUUUUGUGUAAUGUAGUUAUAAUUUUUACUGUCUUUUCAUAUAAGACGCUUCAUGAGCCAAUGUACAUAUUUCUGUGUAAUUUAUGUAUGAAUGCACUUUAUGGCACUGCUGGAUUUUACCCUAAAUUCAUGUAUGAUUUAUUAUCUCAAGAUCACGUAAUUUCCUACGCUGGUUGCCUGAUCCAGAUAUUUGUCAUUUAUUCAUCUGUUUUAUGUGACUUUUCAACAUUAACAGUAAUGGCUUAUGACAGAUACGUGGCAAUAUGUAGACCACUGGAGUAUCAUUCAAAAAUGACCAAGGAAAAGGUUCUUCAAUGUAUCUUGUUUUGCUGGGUGACUCCAUUUUUUUGCAUAUCUGUUGUUAUUGCAUUAACAUCAAGACUCACUCUAUGUGGCUCUAAUAUAGACAAGCUGUAUUGUGAAAAUUGGUCAGUUGUUAAACUUUCUUGUGUUUCUAAUACAACAGUCAAUAAUGUGAUUGGGUACAUUGUAAUUCUUCUGUACUUUGGUCAUGCUGUAUUGAUAUUUUGCUCAUAUAUUCAUUUAAUUAGAAAGUGCAGGAGGUCAAUGGAGAUCAGGUACAAAUUUAUACAGACAUGUGUACCACAUAUGCUUGCAUUGAUCAAUGUGACUGUUGCAUUUCUGUUUGAUUUACUUUACAGCCGCUAUGGCUCAAGAAGUUUGCCACAAAGUGUCCGUAACUUCAUGGCUAUGGAAUUCUUUCUCAUACCCCCUAUUUUAAAUCCCCUGAUUUAUGGACUAAAUCUCAAAACAAUACGCAAACAAGUUAUUAGACUGUUUUUCAAGAAACAAGUGCAAACUUCUGAGUAAAUGUUUUUCUUGUUUUUAAAUGUUUUGCAAUAGUCUUUGUUUUAAAAUGAAAUUUGUUCUUUUAGAGUCAUGUUUAGCAGUUUCAAUACUUUUAUAUACUUUAAAAUGUUGGUGUUUUUUCUGAACCAGUAGAGGUUUAGGGUCACUUUACUAAAAUGUUUCUCACCUAAAGAUCUUUUGAUCUGACGUUUUUUGCUUAAAUGUUUAACAUUAUGUAAUUGUGCAAACAUAUCAAGGGUUUUCAUUACAAAACAAAAAUGUAUUUAAAAAUGUAUGACUUGCCAGUAAAAGUCAAUAAAAGUCACAUGCCAUUCAAUAAUGUUUUUAAACAAGUCAUGGUGAGACCUUUAGAAGCUGAUUAAUAAAAUGCCAAGAGUAUAUUUAUGCAAAUUCUAGGCAAAGGAUGGCUACUUUGAAUGUCCUAAAAUAUUGCAAUAAAUAAACGUAUCUUAUGAACCUUUA